CCGACCUGAGUGGCGGCGGCGGCGGGUCCGCCGGCGGGCGUUUGAGAGGCGACAGGCAGUGUGGUGGCCGCCGCGGCCCCCGCCGGAACUCGCCACCAUGAGUAGCACGUUAGCAAAGAUCGCGGAGAUCGAAGCUGAGAUGGCUCGGACUCAGAAGAACAAGGCCACAGCGCACCACCUAGGGCUGCUGAAGGCGCGCCUGGCCAAGCUCCGCAGGGAGCUCAUUACUCCGAAGGGUGGGGGCGGCGGCGGCCCCGGAGAAGGUUUCGAUGUGGCCAAAACAGGCGAUGCUCGGAUCGGGUUUGUGGGUUUUCCACCUGUGGGGAAGUCAACGCUGCUCAGUAACCUGGCAGGGGUGUAUUCCGAGGUGGCAGCCUAUGAGUUCACCACUCUCACCACUGUGCCUGGUGUCAUCAGAUACAAGGGUGCCAAGAUCCAGCUCCUGGAUCUCCCAGGCAUCAUUGAAGGUGCCAAGGAUGGGAAAGGUAGAGGCCGUCAAGUCAUUGCAGUGGCUAGAACCUGUAACUUGACUAUUGUUCUGGAUGUCCUGAAACCCUUGGGACAUAAGAAGAUCAUUGAAAAUGAGCUGGAAGGCUUUGGCAUUCGUUUGAACAGCAAACCUCCCAACAUUGGCUUUAAGAAGAAGGACAAAGGAGGCAUUAAUCUCACGGCUACUUGCCCGCAGAGUGAACUGGAUGCGGAAACCGUGAAGAGCAUUCUGGCUGAAUACAAAAUCCACAAUGCGGACGUGACUCUGCGCAGCGAUGCCACGGCUGAUGACCUCAUCGACGUGGUGGAAGGAAACAGAGUUUAUAUCCCUUGUAUCUAUGUUUUAAACAAGAUUGAUCAGAUCUCCAUUGAGGAACUGGAUAUCAUCUAUAAGGUGCCUCACUGUGUGCCGAUCUCUGCUCAUCACCGCUGGAACUUUGAUGACCUGUUGGAGAAGAUCUGGGACUACCUGAAACUAGUGAGGAUUUACACCAAGCCCAAGGGCCAGUUACCGGAUUACACGUCCCCGGUGGUGCUGCCUUACUCGAGGACCACGGUGGAGGAUUUCUGCAUGAAAAUUCACAAGAAUCUUAUCAAGGAGUUUAAGUAACCCCCAGUGAGACGGUGAGGCUUCUCAAGGGAAGGCCUGUCCUCGAGGUUGUGUGCCGAGUGCUGCUGGCCACAGCAUGGAAGUCACGUGGUCUCAUGGGAGCAGGUCAGACAUGUGUACCUCCACCUGGGUGAGGCAGGGUCUUGUGUGUUGUGUGAUGGUGAGUCUGGAUGCACCAGAUGCUGCUGGCUGCCCCUCACCUGCUGCCACGCACCACCAGGACAUGGUUAAGAAAGCAGCUGGCCCUCUGUGACUGUCUCAGAGGGUGAAGUGCCGUAGCUCAGACACCGGGGAGUCCACACAGAGGUACACACCUUGCUGUGGAAGGAGACGCAGAGCCUGCUCACAGCCUGCACAGGGACCCUGGAGAAGGGCAAGCUUGGCUGUGUUCUAACAGGAAGGAGUCUACACAUCACCAGGCAACAGACUGGGCAGCCGGCAGCUCUCACUGAACUGCUUCAAGACCCUGUGCAGCUUGUUGGAGAGCACACACAGAUGGCGUCACGGUAGCACACGGAGUGACCAUGAUCUGUCCCUUUGUCUGCUGCGGUGGGUGUGCAGCAGGGGCCUCUGUGUAGCAACAGACUGUGUACAAUGCAGAAUCAGAGAGCGCUACGGAGGCUGGGAAGCGCUCCUAGCGAGUGUGUGCAGCCACCGCCCUUGAGUGGCAAAGCUGCCCGCCCCAGGACAGCCCCAAAUAAGCCACCUUGGACCCAGUGAUUUCUGUAUUCACUCACUUCAGCAUUAUUCAUUAUGUUUCAUGGAAAGACAAGAAAACAGAUCUCCCAUUGACUGGAUCACUCCCUUUGAAUUUGCCUCACUUGACGUUAUCGGACUGCCUCUGGUCAUGUUGCCAUUCUUUGUGUGGCAAGCACUUUAUUGUGUCUGUCUUGUGGAGACUUGGUACCAUUUGCUUUUUAAUUUGAAGGCACCUUUAUGAGACUUCCAGUGGGCUGCCUCUGUGGUCCUCCAGGGCUCAUGGUCUACGUUAAUAGGAUCUGGCUGGCCUUCAGAUGUCAUCUAGCAUCUACCUGUGACACUAUAUUGAGGACAUCAUUUCAACUGAUAAUCAAGAGGAGGAGGAAAGUAGGAAAAAUGGGCCUGGAACAUCAGCAACUGACUUCCUGACCCAGUGGCUGGGGGCCUUAGUCCCAGAGAUGAGCGCUUGCAACCUCAGAUUUUUGGUCUAUAUUUUGAAAAAGGAGUUCAGAAAAAUUCAUCACACAUCCACAUGUAUCUCCUUUUCCUCGAUGAUUCGGUUUCAACCCAGGAAGCCCAGCAUAGUUUACUUCCUAAUGACACCAACUUCCUCACCUCUACUGGAUCCUAAGACCCACCUGUCUCACCAGUCACCCACAAGGAUGCGCCUUGGUCCGGUGUACUUCCGAAGAAAAAGCUAAGGACUGCUCAGUGGAUAGCUUUUGGUUCUGAGGGUUGCAUGGGUAAAGGACUUCAAAUUAGCUUGGAGCUUUUAGUGACACAGAGAGUUUGGACUACCUCACUCAGAACCGUGAGCCGGGCCCUCCAGCCACUGAGAAUCUCUUGUGAAGUGGAAGUGCUAUUUUCAGAGAUCAAGCAAAUUCAUUCCUGAGGGGUCUGUGUGCUUGAUGAGGAUGUCAGCCUCUGACACGUCGUCUAUUUGGAGAGCCACCAUUCGUCAUCUCACAUCAGACGCCAGAUACAGGGGUCGUGUCAUGUGUCUCAAGGCGCAGAACUUGUGAGCACCUACUGAUUCCUGAGCAGUGCACCCUCAUCCAAGUCCAUCUUGAACUUCAUAUGUCCACCAAUUCUUGGGACAUCACCAAUUGCUAGUGGCCUUUGUGUGCGCCGGCUGCAGCAGCCAUUGGUGGGUGAACCAAUGGAAAAAGGAAGACCUUUCUCUCUGUCUCUCUCACUGUCCACUCUGCCUGUCCAAAAAAAAAAAAAAAGUCUCCUUACGUUUUAUUCCAACAGUUUCGUAUUUUCAGGUCUCAGGUUUAGGUUUGGUCCAUCUGAGUUGAUUUUUAUAUGUGGUGAAAGGUAAACAUUUAAUUCUGUAUAUUUAUAUCUAGUAUUGUCAGCACCACGUAUUGAAAAUACUGUGGGAUUUCCAUCAAAAAUCAGCUAGCUGUUAUCUAUGAAUAUUUGUUUUUAUGUAUUUUUUGUGUUUUCAUUGAUGUUUAUACCCACUUCAUGCCAGUGUCAUCCUAUUUUAAUUACUAUUCCUUGGUGAAAUCAGGUAUUGUUAUGCCCCCAGCUUUAUAUUUUUUGUGUGUAGGGUCACUUUGGCUGCUCUUGGUCUUCUGUGGUUCCAUAUGAAUGUUUGAAUUUUUUUUUCUGACUGUAUAAAGAAUGUCAUUGGUAUUUUGAUAGGAGUUGCAUUGAAUCUGUAGAUUUCCUAGAGAAGAUGAACAUUUUAAUGUUAAUUCUUCUAAUUCAUGAGCAGAGGAUAUCUCUACAUUUUCAUAUGUCUGAUGAUUUAUUUCAUCAGUGCUUUAUAAUUUUAUUGUGAUCUUUCACUUAUUUGGUUAAAUUAAUUACUAAAUAUUUAACUUUGUAGCUAUUGUAAAUUUAGGUUUCUUUUUUCCUGUCUCAUACUUUUUAUUUUAUUUAAGAUACACAAAUUUCAUGUAUUUCAUAUAUACAGAUACAGGAAGAUGGUGACACAUUCCACUCUACCCUCCACCCCUCCCGUAUUCCCAUCCUUCUUCCUCUUCCCUCUCCUAUUCCCAUUCUUACUUUUUACAAAGAUCUUAAACUUACCUUUAGAGAGGAUCAUUAUUGGUGUGGAAGAAUGCAACUUUUUUUGUACAUUGAUUUUGUAUCCUGUGACUUACUGGUUUAUCACUCCCAACAUAUUUUACUGCAGUGUUUUAAGUUUUUCCAUCUAAAAUCAUGUCUUCUCGAAAAACAGAUAUUUUGUCUUUCUCCUUCCCAAUUUUCAUCCUUUAUUUCUUUUCUUUACCUGAGUACUCUUGUGAGUACUUGAGGUAUUACAUGGACUAAGAAUGGUUUAUGUGGAGUUCUUCUCUUGUUCCAAAACUCAGGGGAAUUGUUUUCUGCUUUUUCCCAUUAGGUAUGACAUUGGCUAUUGUUUUAUCAUAUAGAUUUGAUAAUUUUGAGCUAUGUUUUUUUUUUAUCAUGAAGGGAUGUUGAAUCUUGUGACAGAAGCAUUCUCUGCAUCUAUUGAGCUGU